AUGUGUCGUGACGGCUCCAUUGCCCGCACUGCACCGCCCUACCCGCCGCUCGACGCACGCAGUCCUCCAAAGACCGUACAUGGCCAUACAUCAUCAUCCACACCCACACACACACACACACACACACACAACACAUACGCCACGACUGAUACCACCAUCACCGUCAGUCCCUUCACUAUUUUAGCGCCGCGUCUCGAUUCGGCAACUUGCCUUGUCGGUGACGCCUUGUCAUUGUCGUUUUGGCCUGGCUCGUUCGCUGGCGUCCUCGUCUCGUCCUCCGCCAUCGCCCGCCUUUUCCUUCUUGUUUGCGCCAUCGGCACAGUCACACCUCUCCGAGACAAACCCUCCUUCAUCCAUUUACCCAAUGCGCACAACCACGUUCCUCUUGUCACCUUCAACUCGUGCUCCAAAUCGCGCGACGCCAUCGUUUCCGACCUAGUCCUUGCGCUCCGUGUUAGUCACGGCCUCCAAGUUGAGCUGCGCAUCGUUACUAGCCUGUCGGUACUCGUCGCCUCGCACUUCUGGACUCCUCCCCGCGCAUCCCUGCAUCUCGACAUCGCACUCCUCGAAUUUCCGUCUGUGCUUGUCCGGCUUGACUUCCGCCUUGUCGCUGCUGCCUUGCGCAUCUCGGUCGCCUCGCAUCCGUCUCCCCAGGCUCCUGCGUUCACGCCCGUUCCCGUUUUCUGGUCCGUCGCUGCGGCUUCCCUGUCCUGUCACACCCUCCCGCAUGACGUCAUGGCUAGCCGGCAAGAAGGGACAUCGUCCCGUGCCACCCGCAGGAGCAGCCGUCAUGUUGGCAGCUUCGUUAUCGAUAGGGAGAUUGGCAAAGGCAGUUUUGCCCAGGUCUAUAUGGGAUGGCACAAGGUAAGCUUCGCGUCCUUGCCCGGCCCUACUCUAGGACUCGCAACUAACAAGCACAAGGAGUCCAAAGCCGCCGUAGCCAUCAAAUCCGUCGAGCUGGAGCGUCUCAAUAAGAAGUUGAAAGAGAACCUCUACGGAGAGAUCCAGAUUCUCAAGACUCUUCGACAUCCCCACAUCGUUGCCCUCCAUGAUUGCGUCGAAUCAUCUACACACAUCAACCUCGUCAUGGAAUACUGCGAGCUUGGCGACUUGUCCCUUUUUAUUAAGAAGCGAGACAAGCUCAUCACACAUCCCGCUACCCACGAAAUGGCACGCAAGUAUCCCUGCGCCCCCAACUCUGGUUUGCACGAAGUUGUCAUCCGCCACUUCCUCAAGCAACUCUGCAGUGCACUCGAGUUUCUCCGCGCCAAGAACUACGUCCAUCGAGAUGUGAAGCCCCAGAAUCUCCUUUUGUUACCGGCGCAAGCGUUCAGAGCCGAACGAGCGUUACCCAUCAUGCAGGCUAGCCGAGAUUCCCUGAUUCCCAUAUCAGGCCUUGCCUCUCUGCCCAUGCUCAAGCUUGCCGACUUUGGCUUUGCCCGAGUUUUGCCAUCAACCUCUCUCGCCGAUACUCUCUGUGGCUCGCCGCUAUACAUGGCUCCUGAAAUUCUUCGCUAUGAACGCUACGAUGCCAAGGCUGAUCUGUGGUCUGUUGGCACCGUGCUCUAUGAGAUGAUCACAGGACGCCCACCCUUCCGAGCUAGAAAUCACGUUGAGCUGCUCCGCAAGAUAGAAGCUGCAGAGGACAUCAUCAAAUUUCCUAGAGAAGUCAUCGUAACCCCCGAUCUCAAGGCGCUCGUUCGCGCGUUGCUAAAACGAAGCCCCGUUGAGCGCUUGAGUUUCGAAAAUUUCUUCGCCCAUACCGUCGUUACUGCUGAUAUUCCUGGUCUCGUGGAGGAUGACAUUCCCAAACCACCCAAGCGGGAGCUAGAGACUAUCCGCCAAGGCGAAGCCAUGCCCUCGUCGCCCCGCACACAGAUGGCCAGGCAGCUCAGUGACGAUCUGGGAAGCCCCGCCGAAGCAACCCGACGCCGCCAAAGCCAACCCGUCGAGCGCCGUCCGAGUACCUCGCCUCGUGAUAGUGGGCACGGUCUUGGCAUCCAACGGCCUGUACCAAUUCAAUCGCACUCGGCUCCAAAUCAUCCCAGAGCAGCCGAUCGAAGUGGACGCGAACCGCAACCCUCGUCUUUGCGUGUGGCGCGACAGCCGUCGGAUGUUUCGCUAUCGGAAGAGGAAAAGGCUGCCCAAGAUGUCAUGUUCGAAAGAGACUACGUCGUGGUUGAGCGUCGACAUGUUGAAGUCAAUGCUUUGGCGGAUGAGUUGGCUGCAAACGAGAGACUAGGGCAAAACAACCCUUCGGCGAGGGCGAGCCCCAUGCAGAGGAGGUAUACCCAGCAAGGCUCUUCCACCUCUACUACAGGUGCUAUUCCGACACCGGCCUCGAGAACAGCUCUUGUUGCCCAAGGGCGCGCUGGCCAGGACCGCCGUUCUUCGUACGAAAAGGCGCUUUCUGCUAGUCCCGGAUCUGCCUCGAGCGCCAUUUCUAAAGCGAUUCAAGACGCAAGCCUUCGUCUCUUUGGAUACAAGGUCAACCCAAUACGUCAAAAGGGUCCAUCGCCACCUCUAUACCAGCCUUUCCCUGCAUACCCUACGCCGACGUCUGCUGGACUCCUGGGUGACGGUAAGACCUCUCAGGUAUCUGACGAGGACGCCAGGGCUGCGCAGGCUAUUGAGGAGUUUGCGACCCGGAGCGACUGCGUAUACGGCUUUGCCGAAGUCAAGUAUAAGCAGCUGGUUCCGUUGGCCCCGUCUAUGGACUAUGGUCUCGGCGGUGUCGUGCAUGACGAAGUCAUCGGUGAAGACGAUGGGCUGACAGUUGAGGCCACUGUGGCUCUGUCCGAGGAAGCCUUGGUUCUCUUCGUCAAGUCUCUAACUCUUCUCGCACGUGCCAUGGACAUUGCCAGCCUGUGGUGGUCCAAGAAAUCUCGGGCCGAAUCAUCCAUUGUAUCCCAGACGCUUGUACAGCGAAUCAAUGCUGUCGUUCAGUGGGUUCGGCAACGGUUCAACGAGGUCUUGGAAAAGUCCGAGGUUGUACGCCUGAAGCUUAGCGAAGCACAAAAGCUGCUUCCCGAGGACCAUCCUGGCUACCCUUCCAGCCAAGGCGAAGACUCGAUCGCGUCGUCUGCUGGCGGAGCCAAGCAGGUGUACUUGACGCCUGGUAUCAGCGCUGAAAAGCUCAUGUACGAUCGAGCACUUGAGAUGAGCCGUGCGGCUGCCAUUGACGAAGUGACCAACGAAAAUCUGCCCGGAUGCGAGAUUUCGUACCUCACGGCCAUCCGUAUGCUCGAGGCAGUUUUGGACAGUGGCGAAGAGAUAACGGGCCGCAGGGUUUCCUCCGGCAAGGAACCGGCCAGAGACACGGCCCAAGAAGGCAGCGAUCUGGACAUGGAAGAGGAAGCCCACGUACGGAAGAUGAUUACUAUGAUUACAGGACGACUCACUAUGGUGCGAAAGAAGCAGCAGAUGAUUGCGGAAGCAAACAGCAAGACGCCGCACUUGUCUGCCAUGCGACGGCUCAGCGGAGACGUGACUCCCCGCAGUGUGCCGUCAUAUGGCUCAACAUGA